GUCACCGCCGGGUUUGUCAUAUAGACUAAUCAAAUCUGUUUUACAACUUGACACCAAAUUAUUCAUUACUUACACAGAAAAAUCAACUGCGCUAAAUCUCCUAAUCCCGUCAAUAUUAUUAGCUUUGCAUCUCUCUUCCAAUUUUAUUUUAAAAAAAUAAAAUCCGCCAUCAAAGCAAAAACAAAAAGCUGUGCAAAAGAAUGAGCAGAUGGAAGGUGGUGAUCACAAUUAUGUACACUGUUGUUAUACUCCUUCAGUUGAGCUCCCUGCGGUUGGUGCAGUGCCAAUUGCCGAGCCCAGCUUCUUUUGAUUUGCUCACACAAAUGGCGUACACAAGGCUACAAAAUCUCACCUCAAACAUCCUCUCCACUAGACUCGUCCAAGAUUACAGCUUUUGCAUUCAUAACCCGGAAGCCGAAUGGAAUAGAGCUUUCAAUUAUUCCUCGGAUUUAAGUUUCUUGACUGCUUGCCUUGCCAGUACUGGAGAUGUUGGUCGGCGAUUAUGCACAUCAGCAGAAGUUUCAGUUUAUUUUGAUAACUUGAGGAAUGGAGGAAAUAACCUAAGGCCAAACAGGAACUGUAAUUCUUCUCAUUGGGUGUCCGGUUGUGAGCCUGGAUGGGCUUGCUCAGCCGAUCCUGAUGAGUCAGUUGACCUCCAAAAUUCUCGAGUUAUGCCUGCAAGAGGAUCCGAAUGCAGUUCAUGCUGUGAGGGCUUCUUUUGCCCGCAAGGCCUCACUUGCAUGAUGCGUGAUUAUUCCUACCAACUUCCACCAGGACAAAGGAAUCACACUUGUGGUGGUGCGAAUAUUUGGGCAGAUGCUCGUUCGAACAACGAGCUUUUCUGUUCUGCUGGUUCCUAUUGCCCCACAAUUACUGAGAGAGUGCCGUGUAGCAGUGGGAAUUACUGUCCAAUGGGAUCCACGGAUGAGAACCGAUGCUCUAGAUUGACAACGUGCGAUUCGAGUACAGAAAGUCAAAAUAUUCAUGCAUAUGGAGUUGUGCUCAUUGUUGCAUUGACUACUAUUCUGCUUAUUAUAUACAACUGCUCGGAUCAAAUCCUGACCACACGAGAAAGAAGAUACGCCAAAUACAGAGAAGCCGCUGCAAGAACUGCCAGGGAGAAAACACAAGCUCGCGCCAGGUGGAAGGCUGCUAAGGAUGCUGCGAAAAAACAUGCCAUCGAGUUACAAUCCCAACUCUCGGGCAAAUUCUCUAAGAAGAAGUCCCUCAAAAACACAGACGAGAUCAAGAUUUUGGAUCCCGAGGCAAAUGACGAUCACUUGCAUCCAACCACUUCAGAUGCAUCGACUGGAAAAGAAGAUGACCACAUCAUCGAGCUUCAUGAUCCAGAGCAGCGGAAUAAAAUUGUGAAGAAAAAAAUCCAUAAAGAAAAGGAAAAGGAAAUUCAUACGCAUAGUCAGAUUUUCAAGUAUGCUUACUCGCAGCUAGAGAGAGAGAAAGCCGAGCAGCAGCAGCAGAACAAGAAUCUGACAUUCUCAGGCGUGAUUUCAAUGGCCACAAAGAGCGAUACAAGGAAAAGACCACUGAUCGAGAUUGAUUUCAAAGACGUAAGUGUGACUCUAAAAGGAAAACAUAAGCGUCUUAUGCGAGCUGUGACAGGGAAGAUAAAGCCGCGCCGCAUAACGGCAAUCAUGGGUCCAUCAGGAGCUGGAAAAACAACUUUUCUCUCUGCUUUGGCGGGAAAAACAGUCGGUUGCACGGUUAGCGGUACGAUUUUGAUUAAUGGGAAGGGAGUUUCGAUUCAUUCGUACAGGAAGAUCGUCGGUUUUGUUCCGCAAGAUGAUAUCGUGCAUGGGAAUUUGACCGUGGAGGAAAAUCUGUGGUUUAGUGCUCGGUGCAGACUAUCUGCAGAUUUGUCAAAGGCGGAUAAGGUACUUACAGUAGAGAGAGUGAUUGACUCGUUAGGACUGCAGGGAAUUCGGGGUUCUUUAGUUGGGACUGUUGAGAAACGAGGUAUAUCUGGAGGCCAGAGGAAAAGAGUGAAUGUUGGUAUUGAGUUAGUUAUGGAACCAUCUUUGUUGUUCUUGGACGAGCCUACAUCUGGUUUGGACAGCUCGUCUUCUCAGCUACUUCUUAGAGCACUUAGACGAGAAGCUCUUGUCGGGGUCAAUGUCUGCAUGGUUGUUCAUCAACCAAGCUAUACAUUGUUCCAAAUGUUUGAUGACUUGGUACUCCUAGCCAAAGGAGGUCUCACCGUUUAUCACGGGUCUGCAAGAAAAGUUGAGGAGUACUUUUCAAAUCUUGGGAUAAAUGUUCCCGAGCGCGUGAAUCCUCCAGAUUACUUUAUUGAUAUUUUGGAAGGGAUGGUUAAGACGAGCUCGAGCUCGGGUGUGAGUUACACUGAACUUCCUCUGAGGUGGAUGUUGCAUAAUGGCUAUCCUAUUCCUCCGGAUAUGAGAAUUAAUUCUUCCGGACAAAAUAUCCAAAGUUUGGAGGUUACUGAUCACAACCAUGGUUUUGACGUGGAGGAUCAAUCUUUUGCGGGGGAAGUAUGGCAAGAUGUUAAGGCUAGCGUGCAGCGUAAGCGUGAUAGAAUAAGGCACAAUUUUUUGAAGUCUACUGACUUGUCCUACCGUAGGACCCCGAAUAUUUUCUUGCAGUACAAGUAUUUUCUUGGGAGGUUGAGUAAGCAGCGAAUGCGAGAAGCCAAAACACAGGCAGUGGAUUAUCUUAUCCUUUUAAUAGCUGGGGCCUGUUUGGGUUCACUCACAAGGGCUAGUGAUGCAACCUUUGGUUUUGCUGCUUAUACAUACACAUUAAUUGCUGUCUCUCUGUUAUGCAAGAUUGCGGCUUUGAGAUCGUUUUCUCAGGACAGGUUACAAUACUCGAGAGAAAGCGCAGCUGGCAUUAGCAGCUUGGCUCAUUUUUUGUCCAAGGACACAAUCGACCUUUUCAACAUCCUAAUAAAGCCUGUUAUCUAUCUAUCCAUGUUUUAUUUCUUCACCAAUCCAAGGUCAUCCUUCGCGGAUAACUAUGUUGUCUUGCUCUGCCUCGUUUAUUGCGUGACAGGCAUAGGUUAUGCUUUGGCCAUAUUUCUUGAACCCGGGCCUUCUCAGCUGUGUUCGGUUUUACUUCCAGUGGUGUUGACUCUUAUUUCAACCCAGUUAAACGCGAGCAUCUUCGUAAAGAAUUUAUCCAACUUUUGUUACCCAAAGUGGGCCCUAGAAGCUUUUGUCAUUGCAAAUUCCGAAAGGUAUUAUGGUGUGUGGCUUUUGACAAGAUGUGGUGCGCUGAUGAGGUAUGGAUACAACGUUGGUAACUGGGGGCUCCGCUUAUGUUUGUUGAUUCUUGCUGGUGUAGCCUCUCGUGCUAUAGCUUUCAUUGCUAUGAUAACUUUUCGAAAAAAGUGAUUUAGAAAAUCUCCUAAGUAUCAAGUCACACGAUUCCAGCAUCAACUUACAGNCAGUUUGCAUUCUUUGAUUGAAUGUUGUAACAUUUUGUGGAGUGUAAAGUACA